AUGACCACAAUAUUGUUGAUAUCAGAAUAUCGCGUGGUCGCAAUGGGCUUCACCUUAGCAGCCCCUGGAGGUGCCAGGACAAACCCUAACCCGGAUAUCCCGCACUACAUUCCCAACGCGAGCUCACUCAAUGAGCUGCUCGUGCGGUUCGUGAGUCUUCUGGGCAUCACCAUAUCCACGGCGCUAUGGCUCGCGACGCGCUUCAAGUCUCAUAUGAGACCAUUCGACAAGAUCGUUCUCGGUUGGUUCGUUCUGUGUGGCUCUCUGCACUGCUUCUUUGAAGGGUAUUUCGUCAUAAACCACACGAAGCUCGCCAGCUUGCAGGACCUCUUCGCCCAGCUGUGGAAAGAGUACGCACUCUCGGACUCGAGAUACCUGACCUCAGAUCCCUUCAUGAUCUGUGUGGAAACAAUCACAGCGACCGUGUGGGGCCCGCUGUGCUUCGCGACGGCAGUGUCCAUUGUUCGUGGCGGUAGCCUGCGGUACCCCCUCCAGAUCGUCGUGAACGUGGCUCAUUUGUAUGGUGUGGCGCUGUACUACUCGACGUGCUAUGUCAACGAGAGGUACAGGGGUGGUCUAUAG